AUGGCAGCCGUCAGCCCCAUCAGCAGCAGCAGCAGCAGCAGCAUCUCGUCCCGAAGACCUCAUGAAAUAUUGCCCUCCUCCUUAAUGAGUUUCCCGUGGGAGGCGCCCACUAACGGCCGUCUGACCUCAGCAGUCACCACUGAUUUCGCACUGGUCGUCGGCGAAGUCACCCCCCCACCCCCUUCCCACAAAACCGAAGAGCCCCCCGUCGGGAUUGCGGGUACUCUGUGCUCCGCAGGACAUGGCCGAGAGGGACUUUGGGUAUUGCAGGAACGAAGGGGCAUGGGGACACCGUAUCCAAGAACGUUAGGGGACACGACGGGAGCACCCCCACCAAUGCCCCUGUGGCUUUGUGGCCCAGGAGAACCCAAGCGUCUCACCCCCCCACCCCCAAACUUCUGCCCUCCGCUGAAGAGUCCCUGGAUCUCAUCAACCCAAGAAGAAGAAGAAGAAGAAGAAGAAGAAGAAGAAGAAGAGGAUCGAAACGUGAAGCUGAGGAAUAAUAACGAUAAUGAACUUGUGAAGAAGAAGAAGAAGAAGAGCAUGGAGCUGAAAAACAAGUUGGGUAGAGCGGGCACCACUACUAGUACGCAGUGCCACAGAAACCAAAGGAAGUCAUUUGACUCCUGGGUAUGUGGACGCGCCGUCAGGUCCCCUGCAUUUUCACCCCGCAAGGGGCACGCCCAAAGCGAAGAACUAUCCGAGCGACGAGCUUUCUCCGAAUUAAAUGUAGAGGAGGAGGAGGAGGAGGAGGAGGAGGAGGAGGAGGAAGAGAGGAAGAAAGGAGAAAGGACAGAAGAUAAAUUGGGGAGCUUCAGGAAGAUGGAGACUGGUUAUUUGUCUCCGGAUGACCAUGAAAGCGUCCGGGUGCGGCGGAGGUGGUGGCAUCCAUUUAGUAAAGGAGAGACCAAAGCCAGGAAAGAAAACUCCACUUCUAUCAUCCGAGCCGAUGACAACUUCUGCGUAUCCUCCUCUUCCCCACCUCCUACUUUUUCCCUUCUUAUCUUCCCCUGGUUCUCUGCUUCAUCCUCCUCCUCCUCCACCUUCUCAUACUAUUAUUACUCCUCCUCUCAUUCCUCCUCAUAUUGUUCCUCCUCCUCCUUCUACUCCUAUUCCUUCCUCUGUUCCUCCUCAUCCUCUUCCUCCUCCUCCUCCUCACUACCACAACUACCACAGCCUCUAUGCAUCCUACUCUUCCCUUCUUCCAACUUUUUCCCUUCUCAACUUCCCCUUUGUCAUCUGCCUCCUCCUCCUCCUCCUCCUCCUCCUUCUCCCACUCCUUCCUUAGUUCCUCCUCCUCCUUCUCCCACUCCUUCCUUAGUUCCUCCUCCUCCUCCUCCUUCUCCCACUCCUUCCUUAGUUCCUCCUCCUCCUCCUCCUUCUCCCACUCCUUCCUCAAGGAACAAAACCUCCGGUACCCUUGCUCCUCCUUCUCCUCCCCAUCCUCCUCCUCCUCCUCCUCCUCCUCCUCCUCCUCCUCCUCCUCCUCCUACCGCCUCCCAACCCCAAAAUCCAGCUAAAAAGGCACUGACUCCCUGA